AUGGGAAACCCUUCUUCUCUCUUUCUUUCCUUCCUUGUGAAAAUGAAUAAGGAAGCUAUUGCAAAACAUGCUUUCAAAUCUUUUGCUAGUAAUGCACAACAGUCAGAGAAUAGCAAAUAUCAAGCACAUUUAAACCAACAACAAGCAAAAAAGUACUGGUGGAAUAAAGCACCAGCACCAGACUCAAUUUUAACAAAGGAAGAGAGAAAGUUGCUUAAGAAAGUAAAGUCGAGAGCCCAUUUUUUGGACCGAGCUGUGUCUUGCUGUUGUUUUCAAAUUGGGUUUGAUGGUUUAAUAGGUCUUGUGCCAGUGAUUGGUGAUUUUCUUGGACUUUUAAUGGCCCUGAAUCUGGUUCAUUUGUGCAUGCAAGCAAAUUUACCUAACGAAUUAGUAUCGAAAAUGAUGUUUAAUAUUACGCUUGAUUUUGUGAUUGGAUUAGUGCCUGUAUUGGGUGAUAUUCUGGAUAUCAUGUACAAGUGCAACACGAAAAAUGCUAUUUUGUUUGAAAGCUAUCUUCUUAAACGAAGAAGAUUGGAAGCUGGGAAUUAUCCUCAGAUUAAUGCAAAACAAUCAUCUGCGUCUGCUAUUUCAAAAUAGUUAAGAUACCCCUUACGCUUUCUGGAAAGAGUGUAGUUGAAAUAGACCAAACUUAAUUCAGUCAAUGCCAAGACUUAUUUGUAGUACCACAACCCUUGGUCUAUUGCUUUCGAGCGCAUGUCCGAAACAGGCUACAAGUCAUGUAAUGCGUCAUAUUUUUACCACGUAUGUAGAACGAAAUAAAAAAAGUUGACAUACUCUGAAGCCCUAAAAAAACCUGAGUUUGAAUUAGUAUAUUCAUAUCGAAAACUAAAAAUCAAAAAAAAGAGGGAAUUUAGAAAUUCAAGAGAAAUGAUGG